AUGAAAUUUAAUAGAGAAAAGUGUAAAGUAUUGCAUGCAGGCAAUAAAAAUGUGCUGCUCUAGAAAGAGUGCAAAGAAGAGCAACCAGAAUUAUCCCGGGUUUCAAAGGCAUGUCGUAUGCAAACAGGCUAAAAGAAUUUAAUCUAUUCAGUCCUGAACAAAGAAGACUACGCGGCGAUCUGGUUCAAACAUUCAAAAUCCUAAAAGGUAUAGACAAUGUCUAUCUCUUAUUCUUUUAACCUCCUCUUUGAAUGUUCUCUUGUACUAUAUAUCACCUUACAGUACAAUAAUACGACAAAAAAUUGACUGAAUGAUAACACCCGAAAAUAAUCUUAAUAUUUUUUUAAUAAAGUAGUCGGCGCAAAUAUAGUAUUAGGCCGUGGAUUGCGUCGAUCGCCGGCUUAUUUUGACCCCCUGCAUUCAUUGUCACUAUUUUUGCUUUGAAAAUAAUUGGCUAUUUUUUUUUAGCAGUCAUUUUUUACGUUUUAGUCUCUCGAAGUGCUUAACACAGAAAACCCGCCCCUUCAACUCUCUGAUUGGUUAAAUGUUGUGUUAAGACGUAACACAGCUGUCAUGUGGUUCCAAGAAUUUUCUUCACCCAGCAGCGCGCAACUGAUCUAGUCUUAGAAGUGCAGUCAAUCCUUAUUGUUAAAGGCACAGUAGCAUCUGCAAGAUUGGCAACCAUUGGUGCAACCAUUAGCUAUGGUUAAAUUCUGUUGUAUAUACUGUAAAUGCUUAGUUGAAAACGUGGCGACUUGACGGUCAGAUCUACUGGCAAUAUUAAAAUUGAAGGUUGCAUCUGGCGACCGGGCGACCUGAUUUGAACCACCCUGGUAUCACCAAAUAUAUAUCCUACUGCGACCACUCUAUUAUUACUACAGACACUAACUUACACAACAUGUAACAUUAUUGAUUUGGAUUUCUAACAUUAUUUGCGUAGUGACUAACACUGUCUCAAUAUAUUACUGAUAUAUAAGUCAAAAGGUUACCUAGUUCUGCCAGUCCGCAAUCCUAACUGGGGCUGACAGAUAGACUGGGGCUGACAGAUGGAAAUGGAUUUGAUCUCAGAUCUGCUGCUGCUGAUGGAAAUGAAAGUGUCUGAUUUCAAACCUCUUUCAAAUGAGUUCCAGCGGCUGAUUGAAACGUGGUGUAAUAUUAACUGGCAUCUUACUGGGCUGCCAGCAGGUAUACAAAUAAGAGAACACCAUACUCACUAAUUUCAUUUCUGCCUGCCUCUUAGGUGAAAAGCUGGCAAAGCACAAAACAAAAAGUAUUUUUAAGGAAUUGCCCCCACCUCAAAAAAAGAAAAAAUCCAGAAAAAAAGAGAGACAUUAAAAAUGCAAAGAUAAAAAAAGAUUACAGAAAUUACACGGUUGCGAUAAAAAAAAAAAACCCUGAGAAAGCGGUAUGCCAUUGUUAAAUUUCUCCGAGAGCAGUAAGCGACUCAUCUGCAAAGGGCACUGCCGAUCAGAUUAGCAGCACACUGACACCACAAACAAUGUCUGCAAUUAGAAAUCGCCAUUCACAAUGACACAAUGAUACACCUUAGCAUUUCCAAAUGUCUCCUUGGUGCUGCUAUCUCCAGAUCUCCUGCAUGCAUCAUCUCCUGACGGCGUGAGGGAAAGGGAGGGGAUAGGCGCAAGGGUUCGAGUAUACAUAUAUAUAUAGGGUCUGUGAAACACUGAGAGACCAAGCAGCAAGCAGCCAGCGGAACAAGCAGCAGCAGAACAGCAAAGCAGCCUGUUUGUCUUACGCCUCCUUCUCCAAGCAUGACAAAGCUGGUCCUGGCCCUGACCCUUUGGGUCCUGGUGUCGGAGCUGAGCCAGGGCUCUGAAGGAAGGAACCCCACUUACGGGGUGAAGCUGUGCGGGAGAGAGUUCAUCCGAGCCGUGAUAUUCACCUGCGGAGGGUCCAGGUGGAGGAGGGCUGCCAGAGCAUCCACAGGUGAUCUUCCUGAUUCUUUCAACUCUGAGCGAGCCUCAGAGGACGAAGCCUCUGAGAGCUGGAACCCAGACACGGUCCCGGGGCUUUCCUACAAGGACUACCCUGAUUACGAGAGCCAGAACUGGAGGGAGCAGCUGACUGGUCUGGGCUUCAGCAGGCAGAGCCGCAGCGCCAUCUCGGAGGAAGUGCUGGAGGCCCUGCGCACAUCAGACAGGAAGGGGCGGGACGUGGUGAUCGGGCUGUCUAAUGCCUGCUGCAAAUGGGGCUGCAGCAAGAGUGAGAUCAGCUCCCUGUGCUGAGGGGUCCCUCUCCCUUUGACCCCCCAAACCCCCCCUCUAUGAGUUUAUAUUCACCACUGAGUGUUUUCAUAGUGGUGGAUAACACUUUUUUUAAUGGCUGACACCCAGAUAAAUUAAACUUAACAUUUUUACUCUUCUUCAGUGAGAGCAUUGUGAGAAAUUAAAUUACAUUUAACAAAUGUUAUAAAUAAAGGAAGUGAGAUUGUAAGA